AUGCCCGCACCCGUUUCAACACCAUGCAUGCGCAAAACGCGCAUAGUGUGCGUAUCGGAUACGCAUAACCAGACACCCAAGCUGCCUCGAGGUGACGUGCUCAUUCACGCCGGCGACUUGACAAAUCAAGGGAGCUAUAGCGAAUUGAAAAAAGCUGUGGAAUGGGUAGAGAAGCAAGAUUUUGAAGCAAAAAUUGUGGUUGCCGGCAAUCACGAAAUCACGCUCGAUGCACCGUUUUUCAACAAAAACAAGGGCUUGUGGAAAUGGCCUGGCGACCAAGACCCCACGGCGUGCAAAAAAUUGUUGGUCGAGUCAAAGUCGAUUACGUACCUUGAGCAUACCACUACUACGGUCAAGCUUACCUCACCAAACGGACCGGGAACACGGUUCACGGUAUUCGGUAGUCCGUAUACGCCCCAGCAAGCGAAUUGGGCCUUCCAAUACCGAGUAGAGGAGGCUGAAGAUCUAUGGAAUAAGAUUCCAGAGGGGGUAGACAUUGUCGUGACUCAUACACCGCCAAAAGGCCAUUGCGAUAGAUCGGCAGAGGCUUCAAGAGACGGCAGAGAAGGGUGCCCAGCUUUGUUACGAAGAUUGUCGAAGAUCCGCCCCAAGUUGAGCAUCUGCGGCCAUAUCCAUAGAGGACGAGGUGUCGAGACAGUACGGUGGAGGACUCAGCCCUUGGACCAAGCCACGCAGAGCGAUAGUGGUAGCCUAGUGCAAAGCGUAGAAUUCUGGAGCGAUCCAGGAAGAACUAGUAACAAAUUGUCCUUAGUUGACUUGACCAUCAAGUCAAGAGCAGGGCGCGACUUGGGCUGCGAUACAGGGCUGCCACGUCAAGGUAUGCCUGACUCGAUGCAAGAGGGUACUGUGAGAAGCCAGGCUGCUGCAUCUCCUGCGCCGGAUGUUACAUGGCGUCAGCCCCCAUCCGGUGAUGGGAACCUUGUCCCGACGUCAAGCCUCACUGGUAUUGCCCUUGAGAAUAAUGAGGCGUGGUGGAGAGGAGAGAACCAUAGUAAAAAUUUGAGGAAUGCAGGACAUGCAUGUCUCAAUGAUGGAUGCAGGACGGGUCGGGCUUUUGGGGGUGCAGAGACGGCGCGUAUUGCAACGACGACAGUGGUCAACGCAGCAUACCUGGGCCCAAGGAUUGCUGGAAAGCCUACCGGGCACCAUAAGCCGAUCGUUGUCGAUGUUCAAGUGCCCGUAUGGAAGUUGCCAGACGAGGAGUGA